CCUAACUCAUCUGAAAAAUUUGUUAACUAUCAUAUGGAAAGAUCUUCGGAGAUUUUAUACCUAAAUUUUGAAAAUCCUUUAGCGAUGAGUCUCAAAUAGUAUUUAAUCAGCUAAGUUUAAACGCGAAAGGAGCUCAAUUCUCCAGACCAUUUAGUUUGUAUUCCAGUUAAUAAAUUCCAAAUACAAGGCAGGCUUUUUACAUAUUUUUAGAUUUAGUGUGUAAAAAUCAUGCAACCCUCAUGGAUCAAGACGUUCAGAAGGUAGCCAGGAAAUAUCACAAAUAAAUUUCAAAUGCAAAUCUUUGUUCUAUAAGGCAAAUUUUAGAGCCUGGGAGAUAAGAAAAUAAUGUUUGAAGGUUUUUAUGACUAUUCGUGAGAAAAUUAAUUAAACUAAACUUUAUUCUCCAUAAAUCUUAACUAAAUGCUUUAUACACAAGUAAGCAUUGACAAUCAGAAGAUAUUCUGGCUUCUUUGGAUUAUUUUACAAAGAAAGAUGAAAUUAUAACUCUUGAGACUGAAGACAACUUAUAACAUCCCAAAUAUUUUAUAAAUAUCGUUA